AUUUCUCUUUUCGGUGAAGUCGCACGACCAGUGCGUGCACACAGCACCGUACAGUACAGUCCAUAACAAACAUAACAUACCCUUAGUUAAGCUGCCUCUACUCAAACUAAUGACCAUGACAGAUACCAAUAACGUAGAGAGAAUUCGGUUUGAACGACUCGAAUUGGUGUGCCGUAAGGCGUUGGAGCACCUGAUCAAAAAAUCACUCUCAUUGGACCAGAUUAAGGCAUGUUACCCCACGAUCUCAUCAUCUGAGGACGGUACAAGAGCUCUAGAAGUAGCCCGAUCUCAGAUGAUAAGUUUCUGGAGAAGCAGUUCAUUAAAGGAGUUUGAACUUAUCUUUAAGGAGCGAGACAUUGAGGCCAAAUUGAAUGAAUUGGAUGAGGUUAUUCAGAUGGCUCAUCAACGGAAGCUGGCUGGAGUAGAAGUGCCUACUAAUAUAGAGAAGUAUAGUGCUAAGGAAAUCAUUGAUUCUACCGUGUUAGACAGUUCAGAAUCAACUAUAGAGAAUCUUACUAUGAUAUAUAAUCAGCUUUGUGAAGAUAAUCGGGAGUUUUAUGCCGAAUUGAAGGACUUAACGGCCAAGAGUGAAACAGUCAAAGAUGAAGUUAAUGAAUCACUAGCGACAUUAGACAAGGAAGUGGCUACUGUAAGUCAGGGGAAUCCUGCUGCUAAGAUAGAAGCAUUACUACUGGAUUUUGAUAGUGUGUGAUGGGUUAUGUAAAUCUGUGUAAUUAUAUAAUAAUUAAAUAUGUAUAAUAUAAUAUAGUGUAUGAUAGUGUAGACUAUGUUAUGUAGACUAUGUUAUGUAGACUAUGUUAUGUAGACUAUGU